ACCCCAGGGCCCUCCAGAGGACCUGUUCUCCCACCUAAUGGCUCUGCUGAUCUCAUUUCCUGGAGAGAACCAGGCCAUGUUUUGGAUCCUGUUUCUGCUGUUGACAGCAUUAUGCCUGCAAGCUGGUAACUCAGCAGGAUCCAACAGAGUAAAUACCUUUGGUGUCAACCAACCAGCACUCCUCUCUGGUGUCCAGGGCGGCUCCAUCGAGAUCCCCUUCUCCUUCUACUUCUCUGAGGAACUGACAAAGGAUCCACAGAUGACAAUUCUCUGGAGAUGGAAGAACUUCCAUGGGGAAUUUAUCUACAACUCUUCCUCGGGUUUCAUACAUGAGCAUUUCAAGAAUCGGCUUGUCCUGAACUGGACACAGCCUCAGACAUCCGGAGUCCUCACAAUCCUGGGCUUGAAGAAGAAGGACCAGACAGUGUACUUCUGCCGAGUUCGUCUGAAAACGAUAAAAUACAUGGAGACGGUGCAGUCUAUUGAUGGGACCCAAAUCACCAUCACUCAUGCAGUCAGAACCAUCACGAAGAGCCCCUCCAUCGUCACCUCUGCAGUCACCAUGACUGGACUGGAGGACACAGAGGACCAGAGGAAUCCUUCACUUGUGAACCUAGGAGCCAUUACUGGGGUGGUGGUGGCCACGGCUGUGCUCAUAACCCCCGUCUAUGUGAUGCUGAUCUUCCUCUGGUGGAAGGAAAGGCCAGCAGACUAAAGCUGAAACCCCAGCCAGGUGAGCGGCUGACAUCCCAAGGAGCAGGCACAGCACUGUCUGUUAGUCCCCAGCUAAUGGAACUCCAGGGGCCAGCAUCACUCACCAGGGUGGGAAUUUUCAUAGAAUUAAGGCUUGGUGGCCACGCAUCCUGCAUCUUCAACCCCUUCCCUCACCAAAGCCUGGAAAUCAGAGAGCAGGGCUGUACCCUGUGCUGUGAAACAUCCGUCCAUGGGUAGGUACAAGAAGAGAACCCCACUUCUGCAAUGUGCACUUGAAUUCCUUUCUUCGAAAUACAGUCAAUUUGUCUGUCUCUGGU